ACUUCCCACCCCCCCUACACCAACAACAAUAACUACAGCAGCAACAAUGGGAGGAAGACGCCAAAAACACCGUGCUGGCAAUAACGGUGCUGGCGGCGGCAGAAACCGCCGUAAUAACGGCAACCAAGGCACCGGAGAGCGCGGAAACUACUCUUCAAUCCCAACCGAAAACGCCCUCUACGAAUUCUACUACAAGCAAACAGGCCUAAUUCCUUCGGGAGAAUGGGAUGACUUCUGGACAUCGUUGCAGAGGACACUGCCAACUACUUUCCGCUUUACUGGCGGGAAAGCGCAUGCAUUGGGGGUGUUGAAGACGUUGAAAGAAACGUUGAUUCCGCAUCUGGUGGGAAUUGAGUGGGAGGGGGUACCGGUGGAGGCGCCCAGGGUGUUGGAAUGGUUUCCUGAUAGCUUGGCAUGGCAGUUAUCUGUCGGAAAGUCCACAAUCCGACGAUGUCCACCGUUUAAAAGGUUUCAAAAUUUCUUGGUAGCCGAGACCACGGUGGGGAAUAUUUCACGGCAGGAAGCGGUUUCCAUGAUUCCCCCGUUGGUGAUGGAUAUCCAACCGCACCAUGUGGUGUUGGAUAUGUGCGCUGCCCCAGGUUCGAAAACUGCACAGAUUAUUGAAGCGAUUCAUGCGAAUGAGGAGACACACGUUCGGGCUGCGAUUCAAGACCAAUCUAUCGAUGAUGGGUCUGGUGGUAGACCUGCGGGCCUGGUCAUAGCCAACGACGCAGAUUAUAAGAGAAGCCAUAUGUUGAUCCACCAGACCAAGCGUUUGAAUUCUCCGAAUUUGAUUGUCACGAAUCAUGAUGCUACGAUGUAUCCUAGUCUUCUCGUUAAGAACGAAGAUGGGAGGAAGGAGUACUUGAAGUUUGACAGGAUACUGGCAGAUGUACCCUGCUCCGGCGACGGCACCGCCCGAAAGAACUACAAUGUCUGGAGAGAUUGGAACCCGCUUGGCGCUAUAGGUCUACACUUGACACAAGUCCGGAUCUUGGUCCGCGGCCUACAGAUGCUAAAAGUCAGUGGGCGAAUCGUGUACUCCACCUGUUCCAUGAACCCCAUCGAGAACGAAGCGGUGGUGGCUGCCGCUAUAGACCGCUGUGGCGGGUUGGGAAAGGUCAAUAUACUAGACUGCUCCGACCGCCUCCCUGAGCUCAAGAGACGGCCGGGGGUCAAAGGCGGCUGGCGAGUGAUGGAUAAAGACGGCUCCUGGUUCAGCUCUUAUGAGCAGGUUGAUAAAGCGGAUAUGCGCGAAGCAAGACUUAGUAGGAUAGUGCCUAGUAUGUUCCCAUCUGAGGACGGAAAAUCCGAUGAAGAUGAAAGUAGGGUCCCGCUAGAGAGGUGCAUGCGCGUGUACCCGCAUUUACAAGAUACGGGGGGUUUUUUUAUCACCGUUCUGGAGAAGAGGUCGGAAAUUGGCGCUGUUAAGAGUGAGGAGCACGGGAGGAAGAAGAUGGCUGCUAUUGCUAGGUCUAAGAGUGUUACACCUGGCGAAGGAGGGAAAGGUGUGGAAGUUGAAGAAACGCUGGAAGGAGUCGAAUUAGUACCUACGAUCGCUACUUCUGGGGAGGAAACUCCCGCUUCUGGGUCACCAUCUAAGAGAAAACUGACGGAAGUGGUACCCGACACAACUCCCCCCCUUGCAAAAAAACCCCGAUCAGACCUCCCAGACUCUGGUGAGGGCGGCAACUCCGAUGGUGGUGUCCCACUCGAGAGUGAAGAAGCCACACUUGGAACCCCCCCACAAGCUACAGCCUCUAAUCCUUCCAAGAAAUAUAAGGGCCCACCCGCUGAAGAGCCCUUCAAAUACCUUCCUGCAGACCAUCCCGUCCUGGAAAGUAUCACAAAGUUCUACGACCUCGACCUGCGCUUCCCAAAAACCUGCUUCAUGGUGCGUAACGCCGAGGGUAUUCCCAGUCGAGCAAUAUACUUCACCAACCACCUUGCAAAACAGGUGCUGGCCUCCAACGAAGGCUCCAAUAUCAAAUUCGUGCACUGUGGCGUGAAAGCAUUGAUGAAGCAGGACGUGCAGGAGGAGGGCGUAUGUCCAUGGCGGAUCCAGAGCGAGGGGUUGAAUAUUCUCGAAGGGUGGAUUGGGGAGACGAGGGUUGUGCAUGCCAGGAAGAGGGAGACGGUGAGGGGGUUACUGAAGGAGAUGUUCCCGAAGGUUCAUGCGGAGGGGCAGGAAGGAGAUGUUAUCGGGGAGAUCGAGGAGAGGGUCAGGGGCCUUUCAAUGGGGUGUUGCGUUCUCAAGGUCGAAGCGACGGAAGGGGAAUUCGAGGAUAGAAUGGUGUUCCCGCUGUGGAAGAGUAGGCAUAGUUGUAACCUGAUGUUACCGAAGGAUGAGAGGAAGCAUGAAUCUCCCUGCUGUUGCGAUAUCGGCUCAUGA